UUGGUAGUGAUCAGAAGUGGACGUUUUUGCUAAGAUAGGAAUAUUUUUUUGGUUUCUGAUUUUUUUUAAUUAUGAUUAUAAAAUCAUUGUUGUUAUGUGUUUGUGUUGCAUUAAGUGCGGGGCAGUAUGAAGGGGAAACGUGCACAAACGAAGAAACUGGUGCCUAUGGAGUUUGUAAGCGCCUGAAACAAUGUGAACCAGCUCUGAAGGCUUUAACACAAACUAGGAAACAGCCUCAGCUAUGUUCAUACGUUCGCGAGGAUCCAGUCGUCUGCUGUGUUGACAACAAGCCUAUAGAAGAAGAAGAUCAUGAGAGUGAAUGCGCACCACUAGAAGCAUCAAGAACCCAGCCCAAAAAUGGAAAAAAGGCUCAUGACAUGUGCGUAGAAUACCAGAAGAAAUACGUCUAUCCUUGUGAGCGAUCAGUCUCAAUCCUGGCCAGCUAUAGUAGGAGCAACAAUUGUCAUCAUAAGACUGACAAGCUGGUUGUCGCUGGUGAAGACGCUGAACGCUACGAGUUUCCUCAUAUGGCUUUGCUCGGCUACGGGCCAUUGGAGGCUAUCCAAUACUUGUGUGGAGGAAGUAUUAUCAGUGAGGAUUUCAUACUGACAGCAGCGCAUUGUUCUGCCUCAGCUGCAGGUAAACUAUCGCAUGUUGCCAUUGGCAUACUGGCUCGUAAGGAGACAUCCGACCCAUCCAAGAUUUAUAAAGUUAAAGAGUUUAUCCAACAUCCUGGCUUCGCGUCACCCAAAAAAUAUAAUGAUAUUGCACUCCUCAGAACUGAGAAAACUAUGGAACUAACACAUUUAACAGUGCCAGCUUGCUUGCACACUGGUGAACCAGUAGAUGCUUCUCAAGUCCUCGCAGCCGGCUGGGGCUACCUCCAUGAUAAAGGAGGCCUCAGUGAAAAUCUUCAAAAGGCAGUUUUAGACAAAUUCCCGGUAGAAUACUGUUCAGUUGUUUAUGCCGAAGUUCGUCGACUGCUGACGGAAGGGAUCGACGAAACAACCCAAUACUGUUAUGGUGAUAAAGGUGCACCCAAGCCUUUUCAGGGAAAAUUUGAGUCUAAGGAUACCUGUCAGGGUGAUAGCGGAGGCCCAAUCGUCAUAAAAGACUCGAAGAUACAUUGUAUGUAUACCAUCGUUGGAGUGACUUCGUUUGGCCGAUACUGCGGGUAUGCUGAUAGUCCUGGGUUGUAUACCAGUGUGGCUCCUUUCUUAUCCUGGAUCGAGGGCAUUGUGUGGCCUAAUUAAGGAGACGUCUAAGGGUCCUAAUAUUCUGUCUAUCUGUGGAUCAGGAUAACAAAAUUACUAGCGGAGGUGUGAGAUAACGGAAAAUAUUUUAAGAAAGUAGCGCGAUAACAUGCGGGUGUGCCGGGGACGAGGAACGUUACUGUCUUCGCCCUUAUAAGCCUUCUUUCGAACCGAUUAUUUUUUGUGAUACCAAAAAUCGUUGACAAAUGUCUCAAAGAAUCCGAACGCCUCGUUUUAGUUUAAUCGUAACUGAUCGUUUGGUCAUGCCCACCGUACGUAUUUGACCUAUAAGAAGGCUCCUGACCUACCUGCUGCAUUAUGAUAUCUCCGCUCAU